UUCGUCAGACAGGCGUUUGUAAAGAUAACCUUGUUAUCAAUUGAAUCUCCCGCGUAACGUAACACGAGACCUUGGCUGACAUAAUUAUUUCUCUCGCUCAAGUGUCAGUCUGUUUUGUAUAGGUUAGCGGAAUAGUGCGACAGUGUACUGUGAAAAUAAACCGAGUUAAUUGGAGAACUAUUCCAUUCAAUAUGUUUUCGAUUGAUGCACCAGUAGAGAUACAAAAUUCUGAAUAUUGCAAUUACCGCUCGCCGCUAAGCACGAGAUAUGCAUCGAAGGAGAUGCAAUACAACUUUAGUGAUCAAAAGAAGUUCUCUACAUGGAGAAAGCUGUGGAUCUACCUCGCGAAAGCUGAAAAGGAAUUGGGCUUGGACAUAACGGACGAGCAAAUCGCCGAACUAGAAGGUGCCAUCCACGACAUCGACUUCGCUUGCGCAGCCGAGCACGAGAAGCGCGUGCGUCAUGACGUCAUGGCCCAUGUUCAUGCGCUGGCGCAGCGCUGUCCAACUGCAGCUCCGAUCAUACACCUCGGUGCUACGUCGUGCUACGUCGGGGACAAUACCGACUUGAUAGUGCUAAGGCACGGCCUGGACUUACUGCUGCCGAGACUGGCCGCUGUCAUCAGCAGACUCGCGCAAUUCGCCGAUGAGUAUAAAUCGGUCCCUAUUCUUGGAUUCACACACCUCCAACCAGCCCAAUUGACCACCGUUGGGAAACGAGCUUCGCUCUGGCUUAGUGAUUUACUUAUGGAUGAGCGAGCUCUUUCUCGCGCAAGAGACGACCUUCGUUUCCGUGGCGUCAAAGGUACUACGGGCACACAAGCAUCGUUCCUACAGCUUUUCAAAGGUGACGGUCUUAAAGUGAAAGCUUUGGACAAAAGAGUCGCAGAACUAGCCGGUUUUGAUAAACGAUACAUUGUCACCGGUCAAACUUACUCCAGAAAAGUAGACUUGGAAGUCAUCACUGCACUAUCAGGACUUGGAGCUACUGUACAUAAGAUGUGUUCUGACAUUCGCAUAUUGGCGUCACGCAAAGAGUUAGAAGAACCAUUCGAAGCUUCCCAAAUUGGAUCAAGUGCUAUGCCUUAUAAAAGAAAUCCUAUGCGCUCGGAACGCUGCUGUGCUCUUGCCCGUCAUUUAAUUACUCUGCACGCAAAUGCAGCGAAUACUCACGCCGUUCAAUGGCUAGAACGCACCCUAGAUGACUCUGCCAAUCGCCGAAUUACUCUCGCAGAAGCAUUUCUUACAGCUGAUGCAACAUUAUUAACUCUACUGAAUAUAUGCCAAGGGUUAGUCGUAUAUCCCAAAGUGAUCGCCCGUAAUAUUAACCAGGAACUUCCGUUCAUGGCAACGGAAAAUAUUAUUAUGGCAAUGGUGCAAAAAGGAGGCGAUCGUCAAGUCUGCCACGAAAAAAUAAGAGUUCUAUCUCAUGAAGCUGGAGCUCAAGUUAAACAACACGGUAAAGACAACGAUUUGAUAGCCCGAGUAAAGAACGACCCAUACUUUGCUCCUAUUAUACCACAGUUGGAUAACAUUUUAGACGCAUCAACUUUCAUCGGCAGAGCUCCCGAACAGGUUACUGAAUUUAUUGAGGAAGAGAUAGAUCCUAUAAUUUCUAAAUAUGCAAACACUCUAGCUUCUGUCGAAAAACCAGUUGCAUUAAGUAUUUAACUCUUUAUUUGGGCACGUAAUAAUGAAAAUAACUUUUAUUCAAUAAAAUGAUAUAUUUACACAGCGUUUAAUUCUAUAUUUAUUUUAUUUAUCAAUUAUAAACAUACAAAAUAUGACUUUACUAAUUAUACAAAACGUAACGCUAAAUGAACUAGGCAUUGGUAACAACUAAUGAUUCAUAGGUGUCAAAUGUUGUGAUGGAAGCUCAAGCACAUUGAAUGAGUAAUAAAUAACUUAAUAAAAAUAACAUUAACAAAACCAAACAAAUAAAUAAGCUUAAAAGAUUACAAAUAGAGAGACUUUUAACUACCUUCAUAAAAAUUAAUAAUGAUAGAAGAUUUCGAUCAUGUUUUCAAUGGCACGAGGAGAUUUAUUUUCGUAGCAAGUAUGGUAGCAUUAUUUACAGAUUAUUGGUGAGUAAUGUAUCACCUUGGCAAGCGGGACCUUGACUGGGCCAGUUACAAGCACCCAAAGAUUCAUCAAAGCUCAAUUGAACAGGACAGUUGAAAACAUGGAGAGUAAAUCUUUGUUUCGUACAGUCCCACCUACAGGCGUAGAAUUUGUUACAUUGUUUGGGAUGACGGAAUAAACCGGCUCUUUGACAGUCUACUGACCCUUGCAAGGUCUCAUCUCUACUUCUUAAACCUCCAGGACCGUAUCUAUCAAACGCUUGAGAGUCUACUGUUGUUCUUAAAGGUUCUGAUUGUUUAGCAAUGACAGUGGGGGCAACCUCUUGAUUUAAUAAUACAGUCUUGUAUGUAGGCGCCAAUGUCACUGUUUUAACGCGUGGUCGUAUUUUAACUACUUUUUCAGUGGUGGAAACCACAAAUGGUGUGCUUGAAACAUAGUUCUCUGAAUAUAAACGCCCUCCUUUAGGCGAGGCAGAUUCGUAAUUGUUUUCUUCUUCGAAAUCCUGAUAGUAUGAAUCAUCGGGAACAAUUAUAGGAUUAAAUGUUGACGUAACAACAGGGCUGGUAGUGACACUUUUCACGUUCUGUACUCUUAAUCUGGAUGAUUUCUGUGCCCAUUCGUUAUUUUGGAUAUCACCACGACCAUUGUAAUCUAUUAUAUCACUGUAAUCGUCAAAGUCUUGUUGAACCUGCACAUUGGGCCUUUUCCCUUUAAGAACAAGCACGGGCGACUGACAACUACAGACAGCUCCUAAUUUUCUCACAAGUAGCGGAUUAAAAUCAUUUAUUUUAGUAACUACAGCUACUUUUGGUUUUGUUCUCCGUACUGGGAUCGCUGCUGGAGUGACUUCAACUAUUUCUUGUUUAUAGUAAGGUGUUGUCACAAUCUGUGGUGUAGAAGAGUAUGGACUGGACACCACAACUGGCUCUGUAGAGUAUGCAACAGGUGAAACAAGACCCGCGUCAGGACCUACAGUACCAAAACCAAGCAAGUUCGAUUUGGCUGUCUCUACCACUAUAUUUUGUUUCCUCUGAUAAGAUCCCGUCGAAGCUACUCUGUAAGGAUUUCUAAUAUUCGAUCGGUCAUAAUUGUUCAAUUCAUAUCUUCCGACGGAAGCCGCAUCUUUAGAUUCUUCCGAAGGCGGUAAGUAUUCGCGCGCUCUAAAAGGUGUAGUAGAUUCAACGUAUUUAUAUACCGGUGCACUCGUAGUAGAUUUAACAAUCGGCCUGUAUGUUGUCGACACAAUUGGUUCCGAUGUGGUAAAACUAGCUGUGGAGACUAGCCCAGCAUCUGGACCGACUGUACCGAAUCCAAGUAAAUUUGAUUUUGAAGUUUCCACUACGAUAUUUUGUUUCCUUUGUACUGGUGCAUAGGUGGAAGAUACGAUUCUUUGUUCCUGAUAAGGAUUGUACUGAAUUUUCGAUGAUUCCUUUGAAUUUUUCAAACCGAAGCUUUCAAAAUUGACUGAUUUAGAUGCACUAUCGUCUGAAGGCGGUAAAUAAUCAGGUGCUUGAUAUUGCGUAUUAUAGUCCACGUAUUGGUAAGGUGGUUCUUGUGUAGUAGUAGAAGGAUUGUAUGUUUUUUCACUAUCGAAUCUUGUUACUGAAACAGGAGGUAAAUAUUCCCUUGUAGUUGAACUGACUGUUUCGUAGGUAGACGAUACUAUGGGGAUGGAUGAUGCCUCAACAGGCGGUAAAUAUUCAUUAGCUUUAUAAUUUUCUUGAGCAAGUUGUUUAUAUUUCGUAACUACUUUAGUUCCAGGGAAUGAAGAUAAGUGAACAGAUUCUUUCCUCGGUUGUGAUAUAUGAGACGUACUGAACGAGAUUUGUUGAACUGGUACAUCUGGAACCGUUUCAUAUUGUUGAGAAUAAUCAAAUGAUUGAUAAUUCCUGUUGUCUUGUGCCUGAUGAGUUAUCGAACUUUGAUGUGCAAUAGGGACUGAAGCUACCCUCGGAGGAAUGUACUCAGGAGCCUUAUACUGUACUAUCUUUGGCGAUUCAUAUUCGGCAUAAUGCUCUUCAUGAACUAUCGUUGACGGUGUUGUUGACACGAACACUACAUCCUUCUCAGGUUGCAACUUAACAUUGUUUUGAUGGUACACCUGAUGCGACACAAUGCUUGCAUCAGAAUAGGAUUUACCGGAGAUUAGUUCCUCGUUUCUUUGAAUUUCUGGUUGACUGUAUGAAUAACCUUCUUGUCCAAAGUGAUUAUUUUGAUGAGAGAAAGAUUCUUGAGCUGCCGACUGAUACUGAACGGGCUGACUUAUGUGAGUGAUCUCGUGUUGAUGAACAAUAGGUUGAUAGUUUUCAGUGUAAACAGUAGCGGUAGGUUUUACAAAAGUUGCUUUUUGAGUAUAUUUCAAAAGAGGAUUUUCAUAAAUAGAUACAGUUGGCUCUUGGUACGUUAGUUUUACCGCAGGAGCAACUGUGGAUAACACUGGAGAAAAUUUCUGUGCUUCGACUUUAUGUAUUGUUUGAUGACUGUAUGUCUGGGGUUGGUAGGUUGAACUCACAACUGGGGCCGGGGUAGAAAUCUGUAUGACCGUUUGCGGUUCUUCUUUAUAAUUAGGUGAGAGAUUCUGAUAUUGAUAAUUUGAUUCACCUUGUGAAUAUGUAUUUACUUUACUAGCUUCUACGUUGUGUAAAGUUUGAUGACUAAUAAUUUGGGGUUGAUAAGUAGAAAUCGCAGGUUGUAAAGCUAUUGCCGGUUGAGCAGUCGUGUAAUGGAUGGCUGUUUUGGGCUCUUGGUAAGAGAUGCUAGAUUCAUAACUCGUCGAACUGACAUCGACUGAUGGACUGUAGGCUUUGUAUUCCUGCUCCGCAUUAGUAACAUAUGUUGGGGUAACUUUCUGUGUGUAUUGCAAGAUUGGAUUUACGUAUGUAGAUACAGUGGGUUGCUGAUAAGUUAGUCUUACACUGGGAGCAGGUGUUGAUGAUACUGGGACAUAGUUCUGUAAUUGGAUCUUAUGAAUUGUUUGAUGGCUGUACGAUUGUGGUUGGUACGUUGAAACCGCUGGCGCUGGAGUAGAGAAUGUAUAAACGGUCCUAGGCGCUUCCUCAAAUCUGACUUGUGGUGAUUCAUAUUUGUAUCCAGAAUCACUAGGCUUCUUAUAUUCAUAACCAGAGUUCGAUGUUUGAUAAGUAUUAACUUUGUUAGUAUCUACUUGAUGAACAGUCUCUUGGCUAUAUACUUGUGGUUGAUAUGUAGACGAUACUACAAUCGGUUGUGCUGUUGUUACUUCAAAUAUCUGUUGCGGUUGUUCACUAGCAAUUUCGACUUUGGCGUAUCCAUUAUUUGAUUCUUGGUUAUAAGUAUUACUAUUACCUACAUUAUGAAUUGUUUGAUGGCUAUAUGAUUGAGCAGUCGCAACUGUAGGCUGAACAUUAACAGAUGGUCCAGUAGUAUAAGCCACCAGUUUCUUGAAUUGUGGUUCAUUGACUGGAGUAGCGGUAGCGUAAUCAAACCCUACUGAUUCCACUCUAUGUAAAGUUUGCUGGCUGUGGCUGAAUCCUUGUGGUUUAUAAGUAGAUACUGACACAACGGGAGCUGGAGUUGUAUAAGUUACGCCUUCUUCGAAUUGUAUUGCAGGUUUUGUAUAAUCGUAUCCAGAUGAUUCAGAUUUUCCAGAAGUUUGACUAGAAUGUUGAGCUGUGUAAGAAUAACCAUUACCAGAGUUGUCGGCUUGUUUAUAAUUAGUUAUUUCAACUCUAGGUGUAACGUAUUCUUGUUUAACAUCUAUUACAGCAGGUUUCACGUAUGUUAGUUCAGGUUGAGCAAUACUAAAUAUUUGUUUGACACUGGACUUGGGUGGUUCAGAUACAAAAGUUGUUUUAUACGACGUAACUGGCAAUGAUGUUGUAACAGCGAAAGGAGUAGCAGUAGUGGGAAUGCCAGACGAAGUAGGAGUAGUCACAGAACCAUAGCCGUCCAGAUUGUUACCAUCAGUUCCGAGAUGAUGAAUGGAAACGGCGGGCUGAGAAAUAUAUGACACAUGACCAGGAUGAAUAGUCUUCUGUGAUGAACCAUGACUCACAGUAGAAGCAUAAUUGUAUCCAUUGUUAGUUUGGUAAGUAUUACCUUGGUCUGUGUAUGCAGCAUCAACUAAAGUUGUUUUACCAACCAAACCGACAUUAACCGCGCCAGCAGUCAACGUAUGCGAAGCGCCUGUGAAAGCUUUCGAAUCAGUCAAAUAGUUGCCUGAAUUAAUAGCACUGUACGCCCCUUGAUAUUGUUUAGCAUUAAUGUCACUACUUAUUUUAGCAUUAUUAAUAAAUCCUGUAUCUGAUCCAGAAUUUCCAAUAUAAGCAUCUGAUUUAUAUACACCCGACUCAUAUUUCCCGGAAUUGUCUUGAUUGUACGUGCCGGAAUAAUCAGCAUAAGAGCCAGAAUAAUCUUUAUACGCUCCAUUAUAAGAACCCGUAUCAACAUAUGCGCCUGAGUCAUCAUGAACAUAUUGUCCACUGUUCUCUGCAGUAUAUUUUCCAUUUGAGUUACUUUGGGAAGACCCUGAGUACCUAUUAUAGUCGUAGUAAUCACUGGAUUGUUUGUAACCAGCAUCGUUGUGAACGUAUGCAUCAGCUGGAGAAUCUACAUGUCUGUAGGGUUCGGCGUAAUCACCCGAAGGAUCAUGAACAUACGCGCCAGAAUCAUCUUCGUAAUUGCUGCCAGUUUUAUAUUGAGCAUUUCCUAAGGCAGUGUAAGAUGCACUGUAACCAUUGUUAUAUUGUCCAGCGCUUUGUUCGAAACUUGAUUGGCCAACAUUUUGAUUGAUUUGACCAUGUGAAGUUUUCGAUUUCGUCGGUAGUCGGUAAUCGUCUAAUAUGAUUGAACCACUCGUAUAUUUUUCGUUUUCGUCAUAUUUUGUCGCUUGCACCAAACCCAGCUGAGAAUCGGCACUGUGUGCUAUAUUAUAACUUUGACCAUUUGCGGAAUACUGUCCGUUAGAUAAUUCCUGGGAAGCGAUGAAAUUAGAAUCUAAGGAAUCAGCUUUAGUCAGGAAUCCUCCUUGGAUACCGACUAAGUUGUCGAGAGACGCUCCGGAGACGAGACUUUGAUGAGCGGCUACAUUCACAGCAUCUGCUGUUUGUCCUUGAAAGCCUGCAGCACCUGAAGUCAAAUGAAAAAUAUAAUAAAUUAUGCUAUUGGAACUUAUAUAGAUACUCAUAC